AUGUGCGUAAAUCAUCGUACUGACCCCGCAUUUGUGACGCGUUCCUACGCCGCUCUUCCUGGCGACAACCCUCCUUUGUUGCAGUCCCAAGGCUCCUGUACAAAGGGCACGCUCAAUAUCAUUGUCGAGCCAGGUCUGCUUUCUAUCAAACCCCACUCGCCGGUCUCGCCAAGUUGCUCUGACUCCUCAUCUUCGCCUACCACACCUGUUGACAUGCAUGGCCUAGAAUCUUGCGUCGCUGUCGCUGACCCAGCUGAGGACGACUGCUGGAAUCUCAUCCCGUACCAUAUUCCCUGGGGUCCGGAGUACUACAACUAUAAGGGAGGGACGCUUCCGGGGCCGGACGGAAAGACGUGUAUCUUUUUGCGGUCCCCGACUCCUCUGAAGAACCGCCGCACAGAGAAAGCGUGUAACAAGUGCCGGGAGCGGAAGGCAAAGUGUAGCGGAACGCAACCCGCGUGCGCGCGCUGCGUAUCGCGCGGGUACAUCUGUACCUAUGUCUCUGAGACAAAGCGUAGUCGUGGAUCGACACUGAGCCGCCAGCGCCGCCGCGAGAAGAGGGUCCGCGCACCUUCUCCUCAUUUGAGCGAAUCCUGGAGCACAUCAUCUUUUUCCCGCUUCGGCUCUCCUACAUCUUCCUGCUCCCGCCCGUUCUCGCCGAAGCCCAAGUACGAGGAAGUCGAUGACAUGGCCCUCUCGCCUCAGCUUUUGUACCCCGACGAGUCAGAAAUCGACUACUGGGCGGUGCAGGCUGCAGAGAAUUCGCUGCAGUGGGCCCAGACCACUACUGCGUCCAGUGUCGAGGACGCACCAUCUCAGCCCGUACAGGUCGUGGACACGCGGUACGACUACACAUGCGACGGCUACGGGACGUUCGCCGCUAGUGUCUCGGUACCUGCCGAUAUAGUGGCUCCUCAACCGUUGGCGACAUCCUCGAGUCGUUUGUCUCUCUACGCGCCGCGUCCUGUGAAGCCCUUCGUGCCUUUUUUGUCCCCAGUAGCGGACAGCAUUCUCGAGCAUGAGCGUGGUAUUACAGCUCAGCUUGAGUUGCAGGGCAUGAUGCAUCCGGAUCAGAUCGCAUACGUGGAUGAGCUAUCGUAUGGCGAACCAAUUGCGGGGUAUCCGAUUUACGAAUUUUCAGAGGACGUGCACUCAUCUCGGGAUAUCGUGUAUCUGGAUCCAUACUCUGUCGCGCAGCAGCAGUACCACAUGUCCAUGGCGGCCGUCUACACACAAACCGUGCUCGAGCCACAUGUGUCUUACAGCCAUUAUCCCAUUUCCUUGCCGGCGUGA